AUGGCUAUGAAAACCAACGCAAUUGCAAAUGAUUUUGACCACUCGCCAACUGAAACUAGCAAAAAAAGUUCAACUCUUCCAUUCUUCAUAAAGCAAUUAGAACAUGUAAUAGUCGAGGAUGAAAAUGCCGUUUCCUUUAAAACUAAUCUUCUCAAAUGGGCUAUUAAAGCGGAUAACUUAGCUAUGGCGAAUAUUCAAUCUCAAUUUAUAAUUUUGAAAUCAAGGGAACUUGAAAUGCUGAAAGAUGUUCUUGUUCGAGUUAGAAAUUGGUCUGAAAUUUCGCAAAGUGCCAAUCAACAACGGCUCGAAGACCGUGUUGUAACUUUGCUAAAAACAGCGCUGCACUUAAUUGAAGACGUACCUACAAGCGCUUCAUACGCUGCUUUUAGACAACUUAUGGUACUUCUUAAGGAUGCCGAUAAUCGAAAUGAGGACUUUGAUAUAUAUACAUUAAGAAGUGUUAGCGAUGAUGAAAAAACCGACCUCAUUAAAAAGGUUGUCGAUUCCUCGAAUUUUAACUUUUAA